AUGAGACUCCAUUCUGUUGCUCUCGGUACCGGCUUACUCGGUGCUACUGCUGUUACUGCAGCUAAGAAUGGACUCCCCGUGGACAAGAUUUAUGGAGUAAAUCUCGGUAGUUGGCUACUUGUAGAACCAUGGAUGCUGCCCGACGAAUGGGUAAACAAAAUGGGAGGAGAACGCUGUGAUGCUGAUUGCUCUGCUUGCGCGGCCAGCGAGUUCGGGCUCGUCAAAAAGCUUGGCCAGGAAAAAGCGGAUCAAGUGUUUGAGGAACACUGGGCAACAUGGUUUACUGAAAAAGACGUAGAAGAGAUUGUGGCCGCUGGGUUAAAUUCUGUUCGUAUCCCCCUGGGCUACUGGAUUGUUGAACCAUUGGUGGAGCGGUCCACCGAAUUUUAUCCUCGAGGUGGCAUGAAAUACCUCAAAAAGGGUCUUGGUUGGCUCAAGAAAAAAGGCAUACAUGUGAAGCUCGAUCACCAUGCGCUACCAGGUGUCUCAACACCCAAUCAAAUGUUCGCGGGCCGGUGCACAAGCGACGUCCAGUUCUAUACUGAGAAAAACUACAAGCGAGCCCUGAUUUGGGCUGGUGUCAUGACUGCUCUGAGCCACAUUGACCCCGAUUUCAGCUCUGUGUUUGCAAUCGAAGCGAUCAACGAGCCAAUCAUGGACGCCAACCAAACUCCCGGCUACGGAGACUACCAAAAGCGAUUUGUCAAAGUCGUUCGUAUGGUCGAGUACGCUAUUGGAAUCAAGUGCGAUGGUACCGAAUAUACCAAGCUAUUUACCAAUGGGUCGUACUCCGAUUCCCUCGACCUUGGCUUCCUCAAAGUGGCUACUCACACCACCGACACGGUUCUCGUCGAGGUUCUUAAAGACAUAGCCGCGGCAGUCAAGAGCAUUUGCGUGGAUCUAAAACUGAGCCUUUCACUCAACUUACGCCGAUCGCUUGAUGUCAACCUCGGCGUAGGACUCAGCUCUGUCGACUUGGCCCAGAUCAAGCAAGGACACGGUGCGGGGCGUGGAGCUAUGGGUGCCUCCGGACCGGUCGUUGUCAAGCGCUCAGAAGACGUUGAAGAUCUGGAUACUCGGGUGGCUCAUGGGUCGAGUUUUGAGCGACACAAUUCUCGCAAGCGUCUUCACCACGGGCGUGGAAUUUCGGCUACGUUGGGCAAGAAUGUGGGGCGUACUUGUUUAAUGACUUCAUUCCAGAAUAUGGGGUGGCAAUACAACAAUCCACCCAACCCUGCGGAUGCCGCGAUUGGUCCUCAGCUUUACGACGCUCACUUGUACUUUUCAUUUGGUGGUGUUGCUGACCCCAACGCCGAGUCGUACAUGCGCGUUAUCUGCAAUACCGAUCGCGUUGCCAAGGCAGUCGAAGUAGAUAAUAGCCCUAUCGUGUUUGGUGAAUGGUCACUCGCCACGAAUUUCGCUGACACGGAGGAAUUCCUACGUGACUGGUCGGAUGCUCAGCGUCUCAUUUAUGCAGGCCAGGGAGACGGCUGGUACUUUUGGAACUUUAAAGUCGAGGAGAACACGGUCUAUGUUCCCUACUGGUCGUACUUUGCAUCCCUCGAGGCUGGUUACUUUAGCAAAGACCCUAGCAAGCUAUCCAAUCCAGAUGUGUGCAAGCCUUGGAUCGCGAAUAGCACCACGACCACGGCUUGA